CACCACACUGCGACUGCUUCAAAUCGGGGCGGAGUGUCAACAAUAAAAGCGCACGGUGGUUCAUGCAUGCAGUCAUCCAGAGAGAUUCAGCGGCUCUAUCUCCAUCCUCUACCCGCCUCUCGAUGGAGGAUCUCCCGCAGCUGCCUCCGGAAGUCUGGGUGUACAUCUUGAGCUUCCUGAGCACCGAGGAGAAACACACGGUGCGCUUCGGCUGCAGACAGCUGAAGGUGCUCAUCGAUCAGCCGUCUUUGUGGAGGAAUCACACCGUGAUGCUGUGCGACCUGAGACGAUAUACCUACGGUUUCUGGGACAUGCUGCGAGACCGAAAACUUACCCGGGUUGCGGUGCGUCAUUUGCGGCGUAAAGAGUGGCGUCGCCUCGUUAAAUUCCUCCCGACGCUCAGCGCGGUGGUCUUCGUGGACGGAGGGAGGAAAUACAAAGGGAAAUACAUGGAGAAUCUGGCGCAUUUUCCCGGGCUGAAGGACAUCGGGGUGAGGAACGGCACCUGGGAGGAGCCCAUGCUAGGGUCCAGUCUCACCUCUAAGCUCCAGGAGCGCCUGACUCACCUGAGCGUGUGCAAUGUGAAGCUGCCCUGCUGCGUGCACUUCAUCCAGUGCGUGUCUCACCUGGUGAACCUGCAGUACCUGCUGUUCCACCAGCAGGGGGAGGGCUACGGGCUGGACACCGUGAGGCCCGUGCCCUGCGAGGUCUUCCACAACCUCCUGCUGAGCCUGAAGAAACUGAAGCACCUGUCCUGGGGGAUGAGAGGGGAACCACCUGCACCUCUACCUGACAACUACCUGAGUCCAUCAGACCCAGAACACACAGGUGUUCCCAGGUACGGAGGCCCGACGCUCACCAGUCUGGAGCUGGUGGAUUACCCAGAAUGCAUCCUGCCUGAGAACGCCCUGCAGAGCUUCUCGUCUCUGCGCUCUCUCACUGUUCGGUACAGAUACAUCAGAGAGGGCAUCGAGUGCCGCCUGGCCUCCUGGCUGAAGCCCCUGCAGCAGCUGGAGACCCUCUGCAUCGUCGGGGGAAACUCUCUGGCCGCCUACACCACCACCAUCCCCUCCAGUGUGUCCCGCCUCACGCUCAGAGUGGCUAUAACUCUGAAGGACAUGGACUCCAUCGCUCCCAAAGUCCCGGCUCUGGAGCAUCUGGACAUCGAGCAGAACAGAUCCAGCGGGAGUCUCUGCAGACGGAUCCCCAUGCUGUUCCCUCAGCUCAAAACACUCAGGAUACGGUUUUUCCGCAGAGAGCCGGAGAAAGACCUCCUGAGCCUCCAUCGCCUGCGGCACCUGGUGCGGCUGGAGCUCCUGGUGGAGAGGUCCUUCAUCCUGAGGGACUAUCUGAACGGACACCCCUGGCCCAGCCCCUGCGUCCAGGAGCACAUCAACCAGCUGAGAGAGCUGUCGGAGAACCGCAUCACCGUCAUCACCACCAUGAGGCGGAGGAACCCUCUGAGGGAGUGUGACUGUGUGUGGGAGGGAGACUGAGAGGGGGGGGGUUUCCUCUUUGAGAAGAAAGAAGACUUCGGAAAGGGUGUAAAGACGGACGGAAACGAAGCUCGUAUGAAAGAGACAGAAUACGACGUCUUUUUUUACACAAUCGAUCCAAGGUUAGCCAUCGCUUUGACUCGAAACCCCUUGAAGAUGAAGUUCUGUAUUUUACUUGAUGCCGGGUCCACUUCUGCAACAUCAAAUCAGUGUGUUAUCCCCUCAUUUAACAUCUGCUACACAUGCAAUCGUUUACAUAUUGAGGGUGUUUGGGGGUCCCUCUAAAGUUCACAUUGAGGUCAAUCCAGCUCUAAUGUGAAGGUCAAUAUGAAAGCUGAAAAUAACUGUUGAAUCAAACUAGAACUUUGUAUUGUUGAACUGAAGGUAAAAAUGAAGACAGCAGGUAUGGGACGUGUUGCAUUAACCAGGAGGUUAGGUUUCUUAGACAAAGAAAAAGACCUGGUAUCUAGAAUAAAUCAAAUCAAACCCAGUAAGACUCGGGUCAGUGUUUUUCUCGUUGAUAUGGACACAUAGUCUCCCUGCAGGGCUCCCUUGAAAAAGAGGUCAAUGAUCUCAAUGGGAUACCACCUGGAUAAAUAAAGGUUUGAAAUAGUUCUCUAUGAUUAGUUUGAUACGUUUCUGUAUAUUUUAUUUGUUUAAAUGAUGAAUGCACGCAAAGGACGAGGCAGUACAAACUAUUUGUGUUUUUUAUUAUCUCUAAGCCUUUUUAUUUUCACAUGGAAGUGUUGAACUCACAGAAAACGUUCCCCCAAAGAACUAAUGAUGCCCCUCUGAUUGUUCAGUGGAUUUUCUUUUUUUUUAAAUAAACGUCCUUAUUUGCCGCAUUUGUACUGCAAACAUACUUUUAAAGAGUCCCUAUCAUACUUUGUUCCCCUCUCCUGUAGUGAGUUAUAUUUGUGUGCAUGUUAAUGGUCUGCAAAGGCUCAAAUCCCAAAGUUCCUGAACAUAUGACAUCACGAUGUAAUACUCGCGCUCCUAUUGGCUAGCGCUCUGACAUAUUGUACGUGAUAGGCUAAAGGGGCGGGACAUCUCUAAGUGGUUGACCAAUCACAACAGAGCAGUAGCUCAAAAGGAAGUGUUUUGUUUUUUACAAUUAUUCUACAAAUCCCUGUCUUCCCCUUUAUUUCAGUGUCAAUCUGAAAAGUACUCGCCGCACUAAAUGAACCCGCACUGAUGUCUUUUUUUCAUUGGUGUAAUAUCUGUUAUUGUCCAUAGUUUAUUUAGCAGUUCCUUUGUUAUUGAUUGAGGUUAGCAGCAGUUAUGCAAAUGCAGAGAGAAGCUUAGCUGGAAAACUUCCUUCAUGUUUUCAUGGUCCUCACGUUCAGAAAGUGAAGCUGGAUUAUCGUCUGUUUGCUGAAUCACAUGAAGGUCAAUUGUGUUUUAUUCAUAAUAAAAUGAUCCUGAAUUUCA